UGGAAAUUCGUAAUAAUGAAUUGUCUAAUAAAAGUUCAAACAUCAGUAUUUCUAACAUGGAGUCUACUUUUGAUACUGCUGGUCAAAGUACAGGCUUAUGACAAAGAAAUGACGGUGCAUGUAGAUGCGGGAAUAAAAGAAUGUUUCUUUCACAAUGUCAAACUUGGCGAAACCAUAGAUAUAGAAUAUCAAGUCAUUGACGGCGGUCAUGGGGAUUUAGAUAUCAGUUUUUCAUUGGCCGAUCCCAUAGGCUUAAUAAUUGUCACGGACUUUAAGAAGCCCGAAAAUAUACACCGCCACGACGUGCAAAAAGAGGGGGAUUAUCGAUUCUGUUUUGAUAACACAUUUAGUACAUUCAACCGCAAGACGGUGUUCUUUGAACUGAUAGUGGAAAAAGAAGGUGAACAAAAUUUGGGUGACGAUCAGUGGAAUGAUAUACUCGAAGGUUUAACGCCCGAGGAAUAUUAUGAAAUGAAGGUGCAGGAUAUUAUGGAUUAUGUGGGUCGUAUACGUAUGCAAAUGACCAAGGCAAGACAAAUACAGGAUAUGCUUAGAUCUCAUGAGGCCAGAGAUCGUAACUUGGCUGAAAGUAAUUUCAGUAAGGUGAACUCCUGGUCUCUAUUUCAAAUAUGUGCCAUGGUAGCGGUGGGUCUGUUGCAAGUCUUCCUAGUACGCAGUAUAUUUGAUACUAACACACGCAUGAGUAAAAUUUGGCAAAAAUUACGCCUGUGAACUUUAAGAGGCCAAUAGAAUUUUUAAAUUUAACAUGUUUUCUAUGGAAUUUAUUACAUAUUAACAAAAAAAAUGAACUGUUACAACGAGAUUUUUUUAAACCGCGCUUUUUUCUCAUAAUUAAACGUUUAUUACUAACUAACUAACCCCAUUCAUUUUCUCCUCUAAUAUCAACUUUAAACCAAAGAUUUAUAAAAGAAAUUUAAACAAGUCAGGGAUUGAAAUAUUUAUUGUAUUCAAAAUUUCAACGAUAGAAAAUACUUUAUUUUUUAUUUACUGUUUUUAAUUAAUUUACUUGUAGUUUUUCACUUGCCAUUUAUUUUGUUUUUAUGUAUUUUAUAAGUAACCUUUUUCAUGUGCUCGAUGGUUUUCCAAUUAACUUGUUUUCUACUCAUUUAUUUAUGCCAUUUAAGGAGAAAACUCGAAAUUAUUUAUAGAUUUUGUAGCCAGUUUUAACUGUUUUAAAAUUAUUUUUGUUUUUUAAUUACAUCACAUGUUGUAUAAAUAAAAAUAACAUUGAUAUUUUUUGUUUGCCAUUAUUAUGAUGAUCUUUAUAUUAAUCAUUUAUAUAGUUAGUAGUAUUAAAUUUAAAUGAAAGAAAAUAAUUAAAAUAAAAGCAAUAAAUUGUAUAAAACAAUGGAUGAAA